ACCUCUCUCUCUCUCGUCACAAAUAGAAAGUAAAAGUUAGAGUUCUCAUGUCGCCAUUUUAAGCAGUAAAAAAAAAACGAAAAUGAUAUGGAAAAACAGAUCAUAGAAAGGUUUAUCAAGGUUUAAGCAGGAAUUUCCGUGUAUCUUUAUGAUGUUAAAGCUGGAGGAUUUGAGAAGCUGUAUCUUGUAAAAGUUUGAUCGAGAGUCAGUGAGGAGAUCAAACUGCAGCUUCAUCAUGGCUGAUUCACAAGGAUCCAGAGAUGGAGAUUUUUCUCCAGGAUGCAGUUCAGUCCAGCAGAAGAGCUCAAACCCAGAGUCCAGCUGUGUGUCUGUGAAGAGUGACGGGUCUAUGAAGAACCCACCAAUGUUUAAGAGUGGAGACAAACGGCCUGAUCUCAGGUCAAAUCUUCUAUCCAGACCAGUUAAAAAAAAGAAAAAGUACACACCUGUGAUUCAACCACAAGACUUUAAUGAAAGCAUGAAUCAUGAUUUGAGCCAUGACUCUAAACCUGCUGAAGUCCUCAACACAUUGAGAUCAAAUCUGAGAAAGAAGUUUGAGUGUUUGUAUGAGGGAAUAUCAAAGCAGGGAAACCCAACACUCCUGAAUGAGAUCUACACAGAGCUCUACAUCACAGAGAGUGAAAGUGGAGAGAUCAGUAAUGAGCAUGAGGUGAGACAGAUUGAGACACAGUCCAGGAGAGCAGAAACAGAGGACACACCGAUCAAAUGCAGUGACAUCUUUAGACCUUUACCUGGACAAGACAAACCCAUCAGAACUGUGCUGACAAAGGGAGUCGCUGGCAUUGGAAAAACAGUCUCUGUGCAGAAGUUCAUCCUGGACUGGGCUGAAGGGAAAGAGAAUCAGGACGUCCAGCUCAUAUUUCCACUUCCUUUCAGAGAGCUUAACUUGAUGAAGGACAAAACACUCAGUCUUUCAGAUCUUCUUCAUGUCUUUUUCCCUGAAACAAAAGAAAUGGAAAUAUCCAGUGAUAAGUAUAAAGUUUCAUUCAUCUUUGAUGGUCUGGAUGAGUGUCGUCUGUCUCUGGAUUUUCAGAGCGAUGUGAGGUUGUGUGAUGUGACUGAAUCAGCCUCAGUGGACGUGCUGCUGACGAACCUCAUUGUGGGGAAUCUGCUUCCCUCUGCUCUCAUCUGGAUCACCUCCAGACCAGCAGCAGCUGAUCUCGUCCCCUCUGAGUGUGUCCAUCGAGUGACAGAGGUACGAGGCUUCAGUGACCCACAGAAGGAGGAAUACUUCAGGAAGAGAGUCAGAGAUCAGAGUCUGGCCAACAGGAUCAUCUCACACCUGAAGUCAUCAAGGAGCCUCUUUAUUAUGUGUCACAUCCCAGUGUUCUGCUGGAUCUCAGCCACUGUUUUAGAGAAGAUGUUGAGUAAAGCAGAGAGGGGAGAGAUUCCCAAGACUCUCACUCAAAUGUACACACACUUCCUGAUCCUUCAGACCAACAUCAAACACGAGAAGGACUAUGAGAAGAAAGUGAAAGAUGAAGACAUGAUCCUCAAACUGGGGAAACUGGCUUAUCAGCAGCUUGUGAAAGGCAACCUGAUCUUUUAUGAGGAAGACCUGAGAGAGUGUGGCAUUGAUGUGACAGAAGCAUUAGUGUACUCAGGAUUGUGCACUCAGAUCUUCAGAGAGGAGUUGGGCUUGUAUCAGGGAAAAGUCUUCUGCUUUGUUCAUCUGAGCAUUCAGGAACAUCUAGCAGCUCUAUAUGUGCAUCUCUCCUUUAUAAACAAAAACAUCAAUGUGUUUGACCAGAUUACCAACCCAACUAAUGGAGACCAAGUUUCACUAUCUGAUCUCCAUCAGAGAGCUGUGGAUGAGGCUUUAGACAGUAAAAAUGGGCAUCUGGACCUUUUCCUUCGUUUCCUUCUGGGUCUGUCAGUGAAGUCUAAUCAGAGUCUCUUACAAGAACUAAUGACACAGACAGGAAACAGCUCUCACAACAAUGAGAAAACAGUUGACUAUAUUAAAGAAAAGAUCAAUGAAAAUCCCUUUCCAGAUAAAUAUGUUAAUCUGUUUCACUGUCUGAAUGAACUGGGUGAUCUUUCUCUAGUGAAUGAAGCUCAACCUCAUAUGAGCUAUGGAGGAUUACGUAAUGUGAAACUCUCCUCAUCUCACUGGUCUGCUUUAGUUUUUGUUUUGUUGACCUCAGAGCGGACAAAGCAUGAAUUUAACCUGAGGAGCUUAAUUGGAGCCAAAAAUGAUCAUGUCACCCUGAAAGCACAAAAUACAGCAGAUGAAGUUCUUCAGAAGCUGCUGCCUGUGGUUACAGCAACUAGAUCAGCUGUGUUGUGUAAGUGUGGUGUCACAGAUGAAGGUUGUGCUGCUCUGGCUUCAGCUCUGAGAUCAAACCCCUCACACCUGAGAGGACUGAAUCUGUCUGGGAAUAAUCUAGGAGACUCAGGAGUGAAACUGCUCUCUGCUGUACUGGAGAAUCCUCACUGUAAACUGGAGGAACUAGAGUUGAGUAAUUGUGGUGUCACAAAUGAAGGUUGUGCUGCACUGGCUUCAGCUCUGAGAUCAAACCCCUCACACCUGAGAGAUCUGAAUCUGUCUGGGAAUAAUCUAGGAGACUCGGGAGUGAAGCUGCUCUCUGCUGUACUGGAGAAUCCUCAUUGUAACCUGGAGAAACUAGAGUUGAGUGAUUGUGGUGUCACAGAUGAUAGUUGUGCAGUUCUGGCUUCAGUUCUGAGAUCAAACCCCUCACUUCUGAGAGAACUGAAUCUGUCUGGGAAUAAUCUAGAAGACUCUGGAGUAAAGCUGCUCUCUGCUGAACUGGAGAAUCCUCACUGUAAACUGGAGGAACUGUGGUUGUGUAAGUGUGGUGUCACAGAUGAAGGUUGUGCUGCUCUGGCUUCAGCUCUGAGAUCAAACCCCUCCUCACACCUGACAGAACUGAAUCUGUCUGGGAAUAAUCUAGGAGACUCAGGAGUGAAGCUGCUCUCUGAUCUGAAGGAUGAUCCACAUUCUAAACUGCAGACACUGAUGACUUAUAAAUGACAAUCUGAUCUUCUGAUGAUCAUCUGAUGGUGAAUAGGGAUCUACCACAGAGACUCACAGUCAACAGAAUCAACAGAGACUGAAGAUUUCACUGUUAUAAAUUAAGACUUCAUUUAGAUUUCAGUGAUCCUCUGACAGACAUGAUGAGGUGGCAGUGAAACACCUUUUAUGUCACAGCAGCAAAUUACAGUUUCUCAUUCAUAGAUUAACCAUUUUAUUUGUUUAAACACACAGUAUAAACUCAAAAAGGUUGGAGUUUUGUUAUAGAAAAUAUAGAGCGUGAAUAUGUUACAUCCCAGGACGUAUGCGUUUGUGUUUUAUAAUCAUGGUGUAUGUCAUUAAUUGAUGUACUGUGUGUGCUGCCAAUUGGCCCAACGGCCUUCUAGGAGUUGUAGUUUUUGUUGCAUGUUCUGUCCUAUUUUCUGUGCUCCUCCCUGUCCUAAUCGAGAUGAUUGGACCUACCAGCUGUGCCUUGUCAAUAUCAAGAGGAGCCAGUAUUUAAGCAGAGCAAGAGAGUGGCCCAGAGAGAUUCCUUCUCCCAAGAGCAUGAGAGUAUUGAGCUGUUGCCAGUCCGAGAGUGUUAAGCUGUUGCCAGUCCAAGAGUGUUGCUCUUGAUGGUGUAUCUUAAGCUUAAAUGUGGUGUUAUGGCUGUAGUGUACAGCUUUAUGUGUUAAGCUUAAACUUAAAAUUAACUUAACUGUGUUGUGGCUGUAGUGCGCAUCUUUGAGCCAUUUGCCCACUAUUGAGUGUUGGAGCAGUAGGGAGAUGGGUGCCUUUUUAUUUUUUCAUUUUCUCCUGUUUUUGCUAGUUAGGAAGUAAGGUAAGAGUUCUGUUGUUUGUUUGUAUUUAUUUUUGCAGGUUAAUUAGAUUUCCUUCUAAUAGGUAGUGAUUUUUGUUUGUUGUUUUGGUCUUACUUGCUCCUGAAGAACACACUUUCUUUUGGUGUUGGAAUUGUUUGUUUAGAGUUACCUUUUUGCACUGUAUAGAUGUCAUAUUUUGUUUAUUGUAAAUAAAUUUAUUUAAAUCUUA